AUGGAAGAGAUACUAUCUUCCUCUUCUUCGUCUUCACUAAUGUCAUUUGCUCAAGAAACUUCUUCAACACUUCAACAGCGCCUCCAAUUCUUCCUUCAUAGCCGGCCAGAAUGGUGGGUUUACUCCAUCUUCUGGCAGGCAUCAAAAGAUGCUAGUGGUCGCCUUGUUUUAUCAUGUGGCGAUGGCCAUUUCCGCGGCAACAAAAAGUAUGCAAACAAGGAAAGCAACAAGCAAAACCUUUCCAAAUUCGAGUUCAGUCUCGAAAGAAAGUCUCUUUUCAAUGAGGAUAUGGACAUGGAAAGAUUGGUUGACGGUGAUGUUGCUGAAUGGUACUACACAGUAUCGGUAACACGAGCAUUUGCCGUUGGAGAUGGAAUUCUUGGCAAGGCAUUUAGCUCCGGUUCUUCCAUUUGGUUGGCAGGAGACCAUGAACUGCAAAUGUAUGAAUGCGAGAGAGUUAAAGAAGCUCGGAUGCAUGGAAUUCAGACUUUCGUCUGCGUUUCAACUCCAUCUGGCGUUCUUGAAUUGGGUUCCCCGGAUUUGAUCCCAGAAGAUUGGAGUCUAGUGCAACUAGCCAAAUCAAUUUUUGGUGCAGGAAUCAAUGCAAGUUCAGUUCCAAAGCAGGCCAGCCAGGAAUCUCAACUUCAAAUUCCAAGCCGCAAUAUUUCUAAUUUCCUUGAUAUUGGGAUGUUUUCAAGUCCUCAAAAGGAGGGAACUUCUUCUCUAGAGAAUAAAAAAGAAAGCGAGACAGGAAAAGAAACCUCAGGCCCAGGCCGAUCAUCUUCGGACUCGGGGCGUUCUGAUUCAGAUGCUGGAUUCACAGAGAAUCAUAUCGAGAUCAAGAGGAGAGGAAGAAAGCCAGGUGGAAAAGAAUCGCCUCUAAACCACGUAGAAGCAGAAAGGCAGCGAAGAGAGAGGCUUAAUCAUCGAUUCUACGCACUUCGAUCUGUGGUUCCGAAUGUGUCAAAAAUGGACAAAGCAUCUUUGCUUGCGGAUGCAGUCACUUAUAUCAAAGAACUCAAGAGCAAAGUUAAGGAUUUGGAAGGCAAUCUACGAGUAGUAUCCAAGAAAUUAAACCUCUCUAGUACUGCAAACAUUUAUGACAACCAAAGCACCAGCACCAUGAUGAAUCACAUAAGGCACCCUCCAAAUUAUAUAUCUAAUAAUGCAAUGGAAGUGGAUGUGAAGAUUUUGGGAUCGGAAGGUCUGAUCCGAGUACAAUCCCCGGAUGUUAAUUAUCCAGCUGCAAGAUUGAUGGAUACACUUAGGGAGCUGGAGUUUUCAGUCCAUCACGCAAGCGUGUCUAAGGUCAAGGAGCUGGUGCUUCAAGAUGUUGUCAUUAGAAUUCCUGAUGGAUUGGUAACUGAAGAAGUUAUGAGGGCUGCUAUUUUUCAAAGAAUGCAGAACUAA